GAAUCUGAUUGGUCAUCGCUGCCGACGACCUUUGACCUGUAAUCAAACCGCUAGAUUUGAUGUGAUCUGAGUCUGAGAGGAUGAAGGUUUUCCCAGUUUGAGAUGUACAAAGCCUAAGCUAUUCAAGAGAAAAAUGGAUCCAGGCAAAGUGAAGAGCUUGCUGAAUUUUGUGAACUCACUCGGAGUAGGAGAGGUCAUUGAAUCAUUACAUCAGUUGAAAGAUGGGAGGCAUUUCAUCUCCAUGAUUAAAAUCCUUUCGGAAAAAGAAAUCCCAGACUGUGAUAAUCCUAUGCAAUGCUAUCGCUUCAUUCUGAAGUAUUUAGAAGGGUUCUAUCAAUCAUCCCUCAAGUUCCUGGUGGACUUCUCCCAGAUCGUCAAUGGCCCCAGCAUCUCGGAAGUGGCAAAGGUCACCGCCCUGCUGCUUUGUGCUGCCAUUCAGAGUGAGAAGGUCAAGAUCUUUGUGGAUGCCAUCACCGAGCUUGACCUCUUGACCCAGAAUGACCUGAAGGAAAUCAUCCAGUAUAUUGUGGUCCAAGAGAGUAGCCACAAACUCCGUACAGACUUUGCAGAUAUUCUUCAUCGACGAGGUUGCCCGCCACUUACAAAUAUUGUUGAGUUUAUUCCGACUGCAAAUAUCCAGACAGGGGAUAGUUCAGGUGACUCUUCCCGUGGUGUCCUAACCCCGAUGGAGCCGGGCACUCCUGUCCCAAGAACGGUGUCCUCUUCGUCGGCGUUCUCCAACUCUCCCAUGUCUCCAGUCCAUAACCUGAUCAACUCUCCCUAUAUGGUCAGCAAGCUGAAUAAUCGCAGGCUCCACGAUCGAGUGCGUAGCCUGGAAUCGAAGAUAGCUUCUGAGACAGCUCUGAGGCAGGAUCUUGAAGCCGAGAUUGUGGAAAAAAACUCUGUCAUCGGCAACAAAGACAGCCAGCUGCGUGAGCUGAAUCAGAAGGUCAAAGAACUGAAUAAGCUGAAGGAUGAGGUCGACGAACUCCAAGCGGUUCAAGCGGAACUGCAGAAGAGUACGAGAGAAAACACCAGAUUGAGGAAGCUGUUGGAGCAGAAAGCCGAGCUGAAGACCGACAACGCACACCUAGAGAAAGAGAAUAAGGAGUUGCAUUCAGAGAGACAAGAACUCAAGCACAUGAUGAAAGACCACAGCGCUAUCAAGAACCAGUUCGAGGAGACGCGGGUCCGGCUGCGUCGUUCGGAACUCAAUCUCGGCGAGCUCCACAGGGAGAACUGCCGCCUGACGGACGAGUUGGAGUGCGCCAUGAAAGAGAGACAGGAACUGACUUACAUGAUGGACACCAGUCAGCAGAUGUACAAGGAAAAGAUUGCCCUGCUCGAGGAGCAGCUCAUGCAAGCCUCAACGAGCCCUGUUGAGGGAGAGUCUUUGGGUAUCAUCGCUGAGCAGCGUGUCUCUGAGCUGGAGCUAGAGCUAGAGAAGAUCCGUAUGACCUGGAUCCGUCCCGAAGUCCACCAGAAGAUGAAAAGCCUGUACGAAGAAGCUUGCCAAACUGCUCAGACAUAUGAGACUAAACUGAAAGAGAUCCAGAAGGAAUACUCACUUGCUACUCAUCGCAUGUCUGAACUGGAGCAGGAAGUGAAGGUGUUGAGCGGAGCCAACGAUCAAGUACUGCAGCUGAAGCAGGAGGCAGAGGCACAACUCCAGCAUGCAUUGGCAUUGUAUUCAGGUCUCCAGGAGGACAUGCAGAAAUUGGAGAUGAAAAUGAAAGAAGAAGGGCAGGAGAGAGAGGCCCAAUACCAAAAAGUCCAUGAACUGUCUGAAAAGCAGAAUAACGAACUCAAGACCAAAAUUGAUGCUUUAUUGAAUGAGUUGGAGGAAAAGGGCAGACAAACAUUGAAUUUGGAAACCAAAAUGAAAGAAGAUCGAGAGAAGAAAGAUGCUCAAUUCUCUGAAGCUCGUGAUCUCCUUGAGAAGCUCCAGUCUCAAAAUGACUCUCUAAACAUUGAGCUUGUAAAGAAAGAACAAUACUUGAUGAAAAUGAAACAAGAAGGGGAGGAGAAAGAGGCCCAAUACCAAAAAGUCCACGAACUGUCUGAAAAGCAGAAUAAAGAACUUAAGACCAAAAUUGAUGCUUUAUUGAAUGAGUUGGAGGAAAAGGGCAGACAGACAUUAAAUUUGGAUACCAAAAUGAAAGAAGAUCAAGAGAAGAAAGAUGCCCAAUUGUCUGAAGCUCGUGAUCUUCUUGAGAAGCUUCAGUCUCAGAAAGACUCUCUAAACCUUGAGCUUGUAAAUAGAGAACAAUACUUGAUGAAAAUGAAACAAGAAGGGGAGGAGAAAGAGGCCCAAUACCAAAAAGUCCACAAAUUGUCUGAAAAGCAGAAUAACGAACUCAAGACCAAAAUUGAUGCUUUAUUGAAUGAGUUAGAGGAAAAGGGCAGACAAACAUUGAAUUUGGAAACCAAGAUGAAAGAAGAUCGAGAGAAGAAAGAUGCUCAAUUCUCUGAAGCUCGUGAUCUCCUUGAGAAGCUCCAGUCUCAAAAUGACUCUCUAAACCUUGAGCUUGUAAAGAAAGAACAAUACUUGAUGAAAAUGAAACAAGAAGGGGAGGAGAAAGAGGCCCAAUACCAAAAAGUCCACGAACUGUCUGAAAAGCAGAAUAAAGAACUCAAGUCCAAAAUUGAUGCUUUAUUGAAAAAGUUGGAGGAAAACGGCGGCCAAACAUUGAAUUUGGAAACCAAAAUGAAAGAAGAUCAAGAGAAGAAAGAUGCCCAAUUCUCUGAAGCUCGUGAUCUUCUUGAGAAGCUCCAGUCUCAAAAUGACUCUCUAAACCUUGAGCUUGUAAAGAAAGAGCAAAACUUGAUGAAAAUGAAACAAGAAGGGGAGGAGAAAGAGGCCCAAUACAAAAAAGUCCACGAACUGUCUGAAAAGCAGAAUAAAGAACUCGAGACCAAAAUUGAUGCUUUAUUGAAAGAGUUGGAGGAAAAGGGCGGCCAAACAUUGAAUUUGGAAACCAAAAUGAAAGAAGAUCGAGAGAAGAAAGAUGCCCAAUUCUCUGAAGCUCGUGAUCUUCUUGAGAAGCUCCAGUCUCAAAAUGACUCUCUAAACCUUGAGCUUGUAAAGAAAGAGCAAAACUUGAUGCAAAUGAAACAAGAAGGGGAGGAGAAAGAGGCCCAAUACAAAAAAUUCCACGAACUGUCUGAAAAGCAGAAUAAAGAUCUCAAGACCAAAAUUGAUGCUUUAUUGAAUGACUUGGAGGGAAAGGGCAGACACACAUUAAAUUUGGAAACCAAAAUGAAAGAAGAUCGAGAGAAGAAAGAUGCCCAAUUCUCUGAAGCUCGUGAUCUUCUUGAGAAGCUCCAGUCUCAGAAUGACUCUCUAAACCUUGAGCUUAUAAAGAAAGAACAAUACUUGCAAGACACUCAAAAUGAGUUGCAGGCAGUGAUCAAAGAGAGCGAUUCCCUACUCCAGAAGGCUGAUGCUCGCAUCACAGACCUGGAAUGCAAGAGCAGGAGGAUGGAGCAGGAUUUGGAAAGUGGCAGCGAAGUCCUGCGGGUGGCUGAAAAGAAGAUCAAAGAAGACAACACUGAGAACGAACUCAAACUCAAGACCAUGGGCACCCGGGUGUUGGAUCUGCAAAGGCAAAAUCACCUCCUGAAGCAAGAUCUGGAUAAGAAGCUGGAAGAUUGGCUGGUCACGGAGGAGAAGAUGAAGCAGGAGAAGGAGGCGAUUACAACAGAGCUCGGUCAGGCUUCGGUCAAGAUAGAGAUGCUGGAGCAAAAGUACAGCUCCCUCAAGGAAGACCUGGACAAGGAAGACUCAGAUCUACUCCUCCGCCUCAGGGACUUGGAGGUGCAGAAGCGAGAGGUGGAUUCCCGUCUGGAGAAAACCGGCUCCGAGCUUAAGGAUCUCCAAAAGAGCAACUGGGUCCUGAAGCAGAAUGUGGAGAACAAAGAGGAGCACCUACGCCUUGUCGAGGAGAAGCUGAAGCGCGAAGGAGAGAGUCAAGUCCGGAAGGCCAUGAAGCAGGUUGAAGAACUGCAGCAGCAGAACGGCCGCUUGAAACAGGACGUGCAGAACAUGCACGACAUCUUGGAGACAACUAGCGAGAACAAGAAGUUGUGGGAAGAGAAGAUCAAGGUGCUUGAGGAGAAAAGUGAACAAGAUGAAGCAGAUGGGAAGAGUCGCCAGCAUCGCGUGGCCGACCUUGAGAAGGAAGUUGAAGAGCUUAGAGCCAAAUAUAAUGAAGCACGUGUAUCCCAGCAUGCCCAGGAGAUUGCUUUCUCAGAGCAGAUAGAACGUCUCAGGUCGGCCACUCCCAACCAAGACCUCCCCUCAUCCACCCGGAACUCCAUCACCGACAUCACGCCCCCUGGCCACCCUGACCUCAACCUCACCCACGAUGCGACGGUGGACCAUAGCGUGGACAGUCUGGACGGUCUAGCGGUCAGUCGGAUUAGUCACGAUGACAGUGACCUCAGGAUGGAUGACCUUCAGACUGACCAUGACUUGAGGGCGGGGUCAGUCGUCAGCCUCACAUCUACAGGGUCUGUCCGAAGCACAAGAUCAACAAGAAGUCGCACGCGGAUAGAGAUCACUCUAUCAGGCAAGCGCAGUGAAUCCAGAUCCACAUCCAGAUCCGAAUCGCACUUCGAUUCCAGGUUUGAUGAUUUUGGUGGUAGCCUGAAUAGCCUCGGAGUGGACUUCCCUGAUAACGUGGCCCGCACCCUGGACGAGCUGGAGGCGAGCAGCGCCCAACUCUCGGCUUCCAACCGAAGGGACACCCUUGACACCCAUCGUACAACCGGACCGAGCGGCUUCUUCCUGGUGGGUUGCGGUGAGGAGGAACCUGCUCAUAUCGACUGGGAAGAUCGUCUGGCAGAGCUUCAGCGAAGGAACACCCUCUGCAGGCCCCACCUACGGACAUCCUACCCUGUUGAGACACAGACAAGGGCACCAAAGGAGAUCACCGAGACCGAUCUGCAGGUCGGCUGUGAUACUCGUCGGAGCAGUCUUAUGUUGACGGGGGAUGUGGAGUGUAGUACCAGGAGCUCAACUCGCAAGAGGAAGAGCGAGCAGUUCGAUUUCAAAGCACCAGCUUCAAAGCAAAUGCGUAACACAUCUUCCUGCCAAGAAAUGCCUCCACCCCCUCCCCCAACCACAAAGACCACAGUUAUGACCAGGAAAUCCACAUCACAAUCCAGCAUGCCACAGACCCACCUCACAUCAAGCAGAAAACAUGGAAGCAGCAGCCUUCAUGUCCACAACACUCUCCACAAGAGCGACAGUAAGACCAGCCUGGGUAAGGCCGUGCGGAACAGUCCAAGGCUUGCCGAAAGUAGGGCUACCAGCAGGACCGGUCUGCUAUCCAACUACCCGGCCGGUAAGUCAAGCCGGACCAACCUCGCCAAACAGACCAGCAGAAGUAGCCUUGCCAGCACGACCGGUCGAACGGCCUCCCAGAAUCCAGCGACGCAGAGUUCUAGACCGAGUUCCAGGACUUCAUCCAGAGCUAGUAGGUCCAGCCUAACUGGUAGCAUUGCUAGUAUGGCUACUUCUACGUCCACUUUGAAGAAAUCCAAGGAACCAGAACUGCCAGAAAUUGAUGAGGUUCUGGACCCCAGGCGUGAGAGCAUUGCUUACAGCGUUGGAUUCUCCCCACGUAAGACCAGCAGACGGAGACGAUCCAUGCGCUUUUCUAAGAAGGGCAGUGUGAAGGGUAGCCCUGGUCUCAGUCAGAUGAAGAAGAAGGUCCCCACACCCCAGGGAAAGACAACCCAGAAGAAAACGCCCCAAAAGAAAACCCCAUCUAAAAUGAAAUCCAUGGCAAGAUUCUUUGGAAAAUAAGAAGCAAGAAUCAUCAAUCAUUAACAUAGAGAACAGGGAGAGAGAAGUUUUCAUCGCUCUGAUUUUCUUUUAAUUGAUCAUGUUUUUCUACUAAAUUCAUUUGUCCUCAAUGAUCAGUUAAAAAAAAAAGGUCUGAUUUCCGAUCAACUACAUGGAAUUGAAAAAUAUUUUUCUGUUUUUGUAACUACCUUAUAACUUGGAGGUAGAAGUCGUGUCUAAUUCAUGACCAGUUGUCAGAGAAUUGUUUCUCAUUAUAUUGUCUACAAAUCAGCUCCCACUCUACAAAGUAGUAUUAAGUUAAUUCAUUAUUGACAUGAUUUAUUAAUGCAACCAUUAUUACCAAAUAGCUGAAUAUUAGUGAAAAUGAUGGGUUGUUUUUUUGCAUCCUCUGAUUAAAUAAAAUCUUUUAUUAACAGUGUCAUUCUUCACAUUUAUAAUGAUUUUCAAAUCUGUAUACUCUGUGUGGUAAGUAGUUCGUUCUGAUUGAACUUAUUAUGAUGAAAGUAAUCACUAGAUCAGAGCGUUCUUCUGUACAUAGUUCAUGAAUAAUGACAUUCCUCCUUUGAAUUGGAGUAAAAAUGUCAGAAUCCUGUGUUUUAUAUACCGGUAAUAUAAAAAUAGUAAAUACUUUGUGGGAUAUAAUAACAAAGGCAUAUUAUUUGUAGAUUGUGAACAGUAAGUGUAAAGAUAUUUUGCUUGUAAAUUGUAAUAUCCUCCCUCCCCUUACAAUCAUGUAUAAAUAGUGCCAGAAUGAAUUAUAUGGUGUACAGUUGUAAUUAUGUAAGAUACAGAAAAAUUCUAUUUGUGUUUGAUUCUAUGUAUAUCAACUCUUUAUGUACAGUAUCAUUUCAGAGAUAAUCUUUCAAUAUGUAAAUUCUUUUUGUGUGUUUUUUUUUUAAAUGUGCUUGAUCAUUUUUUCAUCCAUGUAUAUUGAUGAGUUUAUUUAAGUUAUGUUAGGACGCUUGGUGUAUUGUUUGCAUAUGUACAUGUACAGUAUGUAAACAGAUGGAUAGCUUUGGUGAUCAGGACUUGGAGAUGUUUUUGUUUAUCCAGUCUAUUAUAUAUACAUUGGGUUUGAAGGAAUUGGUAAAGUUUUCACAUAAUUUACUGGAACUAAAUAUAGUUGAAUAUUAAAAGCAAUAAAAGGUAAUGCAAUAGAAAUAUUGAACAGGUUUAAAAAAAUAGGGGAAAAUAGUUGGAAAAUAUAGGUUAUAUACAUGUAGCUUAGCAUAAGUGCCUUAAUUUGUAAGAAAUCUUAUACAGUAAAUACAUGUAUUUCAAGAGCUGGAAAAGAAUUGUAACAUGUACAUUAAUUUGCUAUGCCAAUGAUACGAGCGCACGGAAAAUCAGGCCCUGUUAUGUACUGUGAUGACAAAUUAUAUGCAGCUCUACUUGUACUACUAGUAAGUGUAAACAGUGUUGUAAUGGACCAAAACUGAGGGACUGGUCAAAGUGUAUGAGGCAAAAUCCCGGGGGGGGGGGGGGGCAGUCAAAUGUAUUCUGCAUAAAACAAGAAGCCAGCUCUCAUUUUAUCCAUCAAAGAAUGAUGGGGAUGGGAAUAAGUUUGAAAUGUAUGUAUUGUUUAUAUGUUUAAAAUGUGUGGAUAAUCAUGUUCAUAUCUAUAUAGCAUAUGUAUUUAAAUAUUCAUGCAGGUUUUUGUUGACUUUGCAUGAAGUUUCAUAAUAUAAUUGUAAAUAAAGCGUCUAUACUGCCUAGCUUAACAGCA